GGAGAUCGGUAUAAUUUUAUAAGUGAUGUCAUUGAUCGUCAUUUCCAGGCCAACUUAACACCAUUUUAUUUUUCGACUAUACCGUAUAUAGAUGGGUACUGCACAAUCCAAAAACUGUUCACUUAUUAUCAGGCUUUUAACAGAUUAAUAAUAUUCUAAUAUAUAGAAUAUAGGUUAUUGUUUAAACAUUCCACACAUAAAUAAUCGGGGAAAUUUAUCAUACAAAAGUAUUUUGUAUUUUGUGAUGUGAUCUAAUAAAUAAAAAAAAUAUAGUAAAACGGUGUCCAAUGGGCUUGGGAAUGACAGUACAUAACAUUCCCCAUGUAAUUUUCAUACAAAUAACAGCGAUCUUUAUUUUCAAGCCAUCUCUGAUGCUUUUUUUUCGUAUGGUCUCUGGGUAUGGUAUACCUAAUUAUUUUUUUCGAGCAUUAAUCCAUUAAAAAGAUGCUAUAAUAAAUUGCAGGUUAAAUGUUCGUGUAAAGAAAUAAAUAACUUAAAAUCUUUUCAAAUAUAAUCGUUUAUACUAACAAUGAUUAUAAAUCAAUCUUCUUUUCUUUAAAUUAUACGUACAUAUCUAAACAGCCCAUAUUUAAAACCUUCGAGUGUCCUUCAGACAUUUCGAUAGUUGCUGAAAACGCACUGUUUUCAGCAACUUGCACUGGGCGUUAACAAGUUUUUGAUAUCGAUAGGUAUUUCAUUUUAUAUAAAAUUUACUUGAUAACAAAAGUAACUAUAAGAACUAGGUAUUAUAGCAUAAACUAAAACAAAUUUAUAUUUAAAAAGAUAAAAGAACACAGCUGUCAGAUAUAAUUAAAGUUAUUUAAGAAUCUCUUCCAAUAUUCUAGCAUAUGAUUUCAGUUGAUAGAUCUUAUCAUUAAAUAAAAUUAGUAGUUUUGGCUAGAUGAUCUUUACGCCAUUUUGUUAACAUCAGAUAACAUUUCUUUUGCAAAAGGACGAAGGGUGUUGUUUUUGUUUUUCUACCUGCAUCUGGUAUUUUAAUGGCGUUUUUGCAUUAUAAUAUGUCCAUAUAAAAUAAAUUAUACCUUAAUAGGGAUGAACAGCAAGAAGGCAAUAAAGUAAUUAGAAAAAUGUUUAUUACGUAUUCGCCCUCUUCCCUUCCCCCUCGUAAACUUAUUCGAACGCUUUCCUAGCACGUUCUUUAAAGUUCAUUGUAAUACAGUUCUAAUAACGCGUUAUAUAGGUUCGUUAAAGAAUUAUCGUGAUUUUCUGUGGUCCAUUGAUAAUUAAUUAGUAUUACUCAUAUUGUUAUAAUUUUUCCGGAUAUAACACGGUCGUUUGUUGAAGUGAUUUUUUUACAAAACUAUAAACAUAAAAUAAAAUAUCCAAAUAGAGAUUUUACACCUUGCGUAGCUGUGUAAGAUUGUACCUUCGGGCGUUGUCGGUUAGCUCCGAGUGCAGAAUAAUGUUUCAUUAGAAUAAUUUUAAUAUUUUUUAAUUUAUUGGUCUUCUACCCGUUUAAAUUAUUAUUUCAACAUUAGAACCAAUAGAAGUUUUUGAAGUAAAUCAUUUGUGAUACAAAGUUAGGACAAAAGCGAAACUAUAUCAAAACUCGCGUAUUUAUCGAAUUUUAUUUGUGAACAAGUUCGCAGCGUGCGCCGAUUCAUACAGAACUCGUUGAUCAAAGUAUCCGGCCGAGAAAAUCCCGAGUUAUUUGUGUGUUGCGAAAGUAGAAAAUUAUUUUGACUCUUCCAAUUAAUUAAAGUAGUGUGUGUUUCUUCAGAAAUAUAAAAUGAACGGUCUGGAGAUUACAAAAGAACUGAAAAAUGACAUUGAAAUAAACCAAAUUCAGUUACAAAAUGCUAUUCGUAAUCAUCAGGAAUUAAUCGUGAAGUUAAAGGACUGCUCUGAUAAAAAUGAAAUCAUACAGAAAAUUAAAACUGUAGAAGAAGAUAUAAUUCAGAUUGGUUUUGAACAGAAAAAGCUAUUAGAUCGACUCAGGGAAGAAUAUAAAGCCUAUCAGAAGUCUUUAAAGCAAAAUACUAUCAAGUCUGCAAUUGAAGAAAAACGAUUCAUUUUAACAAGUGCUCUAAAUAGAGCAAGGAAGCAACAUUUCCUUCCACGCAAUCAUUCUUCUCCAUUAAAUUCAUUUUCUGAUGAUUCGGAUCAGAGAAAGUCACCUCAGUUUGGUUCAGAAAUCCGACCCGUUGAUCCCCAUGAACUGUCCCAGUCAUCGUUUCUGGGAUAUUUUCGAUUGGCAACUCACGAAGUAUACAGGGAAAUGCAAAAGAAAAGAGCUGAAAGAAAACGUAGGAGUACAGCCAACCCUCAAUUUUUGUAUGGGAAUAAAGGAUGGGAUUUCUUAGGGCCACCAGCGAAGAAAAAACGAAGUCAUUUUCUUGCACAUCCGCCUUCACCACCGAAUACUAGAGGAAGAAAGAGACAGGAAAUGCAAAGGUCAAAAUCGAAGUCGCCACCUAGUUCGUUUAGUAAUAAUUCAGUGGCUAUCGAAAGGUUCACUAAUGGAAACCAACCAAGCCAAAAAAGUGAUAUUAAGUCGGCGUUCCCUUCCAUUCCCAAUUUACCAAGCGGAUUGAUUAUUGAAAGGGUCAGUCCGGGAAGAUCGUCACCAGAUACCAAACAGUGCAUAAUGUGUAAACAACCAGGUGCUCUAUCGAUUUGCGAACAAUGUACCAACGGAUUUCAUAUCAGUUGCCACAACAGACCGUUUGCCAAGACGCCGAGGGAGUGUCCCAAGUGUCUUUCGAAGGAAACUCGUCGAUCCGGAAGUGCGUAUCAUAAUCCAUCCUCAGGACCGAGUUUUAUGAGGCAGCGUUCAGUCGAUCUAACGGAAAAAAUAAAUUUAAAACACGAAUUAGAGGAACAACAUCAAAACCUCGUAGCUGAACUGACACAACUGCAGAACCGCCAUUCCGAACUGACUAUUUCACUGAAAAAUCAGGAAUCAGAACAAGACGAUAUUAUUUUAAACCAUAAUGUUACUAAAACUAAAGUUAAUCAGAUUUUAAAGUUUAUUGAAAUUGUUAAAAAUAUGCCCGUCCAAGAAAAAAAUAAUUCUUAACGAA